AUGUACUCGGAGCAAGCGGAAGCCAUCCUCCGUUCCCGCUUCACCGUCCCACCAGCCCAUCAUCAGGAGAUCAUCUCGAAUAUCAAAAAUAAACCGAGAGUCACUAAACAACUCUUUUCAUGCAAUCUCUUAUUGAAAGAGGAUGUUGGGAAGGAUGAGUUGCUGUUCGAAAUGACUGGUUAUUUCAAAAAACGGAGUGAAGAGAACGCCAAAAGGAGUAAACGACAUCAUAUCGUGAUCGAUGGAAUGGCCCUCAGUCUGGAAACGGGGAAACAGGUGACCCUUGCAAAAAAUUUGAAGAGAUCGUGUCAACCAAAUUGCCGUCACACUUAUUUCUUCGGUGAGGAGCUCCAUAUCUUUGUCACCAGCAAUGAGAAAAUCAAGAAAGACGAUAUGGUCACUCUGCCUUUAAAGCCGGACUUCUGGGAGUCGGAUGAGAAUACUGAGGAUGUGUCGACGAUCAUCAGAAACUUGGGAUGUUGA